GUGAAGGGGUGUAACCUAAAGCGACCCAACUGCUCUCCCCUCUGCUGGGCCCAUGGCUGAGGCGGAAUCCUCGGGUCGGGCCACGGGCUCGGCCUGGACUUGGCGGCCAGUGGCACGAGAUGCGCUUCUGGCUCGUGCCUUCCAUUCAUGCACCGAACUGCGGGGACGGUUCUAUCUGGUAGGGGGUCUCCUAGAAGGUGGUGCAAGAGUGCCCAGCAGUGAUACUGUGAUCUUUGACCCAACUGGGGGCCAAGCAGUACGACUGCCAGCCGGGGGCAGUCCCAUUCGCAGUCACCACGAUGCGGCACUGGUGGGAGGACGUUGGCUAUGCGUUGUGGGUGGCUGGGACGGGUCACAUCGCUUAGCCACGGUGGCCGCUCUGGACACGGAGAGUGGAGUUUGGGAGGUAUGGACUGCGAACCGUGGCAACUGCCCUCCUGCUGGCCUUAGCAGUCACACUUGCACACGCGUCUCAGACCGAGAGCUACUAGUGUCUGGCAGAGAGGGUGGUACCCGCACUCAGCGACGCUAUGGAAGCAUCUACACGUUAAAGUUGGACCACAGUACGCGCACUUAUUGCUACAAGGAAGAAAGCUACCACACCAUCUCACGAUCAGGUCACUGUGCUGCCCUGCUGCCAAUGGCUGGACCGCACCAGGGUCAUCAGCUAUUGCUUUUUGGGGGCUGCAACUCAGUUGAACCCGAAGUAGCAGGGCAAUGGAGCCAUGGGAAAAUUAAGGAGGAACCACCUGUUGCCCCUCGUUUGAUGGAACAGCUUGCAAGGCUUGUGAGCAGUGGGCAGGGGUUGCAGCAGGGACCCCAGAGCCUGCGACAUCAUUCCUGUUCGGUGGUGGGACCUUUUGCUGUACUGUUUGGUGGUGAGACUCUGACCAGAGCUAGAGACACGAUCUGCAAUGACCUCUACAUUUACGAUACCCGCAAAUCUCCGCCCUUGUGGUUCCACUUCCCCUCCACAGACCGCCGACUGAAGCGUGUGGGCCAUCGCACUUGCCUUUGGAAUGACCAGCUUUAUUUGGUUGGGGGUUUUGGUGAGGAUGGCAGGACAGCUAGCCCACAGGUUUGCAUCCUGGAACUCUUCGUCUAAAGAACAGCAGAAAGGCACAUGGCCAAGCCUCUAUGUUGUGGCAAACCCAUACAGCGUUCUCAUUAGAGCUACUGCCCCACUUCAAAUACUUAUUAAAUUCCAGUCUGAGAAUCAA